CGUCCCUCCACCCACCCACGACCCCCCGACCCCCGCCCUUUGCGACCCCUCCUCGAACGAUGGCCAUCCAGAAAGAGCCCGGCCAGAAAGGCGUUAACUGGUCUAACAUCGCUGUCGGUGCUAUAAUGAACAUGGUCACGACAUUAGGCCAGCCUCUGGAGGUCAUCAAGACUCAGAUGGCUGCUAACCGGUCGCAAACAAUGGCGCAGGCCCUCGGGUCUGUAUGGGCUCGGGGUGGCUUCAGGGGUUUCUACCAGGGGUUGAUUCCCUGGGCAUGGAUUGAAGCAUCCACCAAAGGUGGUGUUCUGCUUUUCUGUGCGUCAGAAAUUGAGGGCGCUGCUGAGAAGGCGGGUGUCAACCCGGCUCUCGCUGGCUUGUUGGGCGGUAUGGGCGGUGGUGUCGCUCAGGCUUAUGCUACUAUGGGUUUCACGACAAGCAUGAAAACUGCCGAGAUUACAAGACACAAACAGGCGGCUGCGGGCAUCAAGCCACCAUCAACAUGGGCUCUCUUUGCUGAGAUCUUCCGCAAGGAGGGUCUCCGUGGUGUCAACAAGGGUGUGAACGCCGUGGCUGUCCGUCAAUGCACUAACUGGGGAUCUCGUAUGGGCUUUGCUCGGCUCGCUGAGUCGUCUAUUCGGUCAAUUCGUGGCAAGGGCGAGAAGGACUCGUUGAGCGCUGUCGACAAGAUCAUUGCAUCUUCAAUCGGUGGUGCUCUUGCUACUUGGAACCAGCCUAUCGAAGUCAUCCGUGUCGAGAUGCAAAACAUGUCAAAAGAGGCUAUGGCGUCGGCCAAUCGACCGGCGAAAUUGACGAUCUUCAACACGUUUGGCUACAUUUACAAGCAAAACGGAAUCAAGGGUCUCUACCGUGGCGUCACCCCCCGUAUAGGCCUCGGUAUCUGGCAAACUGUCUGCAUGGUCUCCUUCGCUGAUUAUGUCAAGGCAUGGGUGAAGGGGAAGUAGAGGACCGCGGUUCCUUCGUAUUUAUGUUAGUUAGGUCGGAUUAGUUGGAUUUACUCUGCUCCUUUUUGUUUCGUGCAACAUAGAUUAUUCUAUAAUACCACGUGCGGUCUGACUAGUAAGAGGGAGAGAAAAGGGCAAGAGCUUCGACCUGUCCAAUGUGCCAAUAACGAGCAAAUACUCCACUUCGAAACACAGGAGCAAGCUUUCGUUGCCCACUUCAACUCCCUGUUUGGCGGUACACACAGCAAGGUACACAUGGU